AUGUUUAACGCGAAUAUUCACGGGACAGGUUUUCAUUUUCUAGUUAUGAGUACUGCACCAGGCUCUAUUUAUGGUUUUGCUUGUGGUUCAACUGAAUUAAGCAAGAUCCAAAAGAUAUAUCUGUUCGUGACGACGAGCUGCGUCUACGCGGUAGUCGUUAUUUUUCAGAUAGGAUAUUCUUUACUUCAAAGUCAAG